UGCCUUCUUGAGCUUCGCUACUUAUUUUCUGAGCAAAAGAUACAUAGGGCUUAAAGGCUUUGUUGCGUAUGCGCUUAGCACUUAGCGCCAUUGCUUUUGCAAUGAGUACCCCUUGCAAUCCGCUUCAGGGGCAAGCCUCUGUGGCGACAAGGCCUUCGGCGGUCUGCCGGAAUCUGGACGUGACCUUUAAUUUUGGCGCUGACGCAACCUGCGUGGAUGGUGGAAAGCCCUGGCGGUUCGAGGACAACGACGAGCUAAUCGCUCUCUUCAAGAAGAAGGGGGCGGAGUUCAAGGCGGCAAAGGCUAAGCUGGCGUCGAAUGGCCAGUCACACAACUGCUGUGGCGAAGAACAACAGUGAGCGUUAUGUCUUCGAUACUUCAGCGGUACUGAGAUACGGAUGGCAACAAGACCUCUUUGGCGUUUACAAGCCCCCGUCGUUCUUCUCACCGAUGCUGAAGGAGCUCGCCGAUGACCUCGCUGUUGAAGGCCGUUGCACCUCGGACCUUGUUGUCGCUGAGCUCAGCUCUUUAAGCGAGGGCAACAAGCUGCGAGUGUAUGUCAAUGGUAUUCAGCUGGUCACCGUUUUGGACUGGACAGCCUGGCUCACUAAACAUGGCUUCAAUUUGCAUGAGGGUGGCAUUGCGUUCCUGGAGGCGCGUUACAGGCACUCCGGGUUAGCUACCAUCGACCCGGUGGACAAUGCGAUGGUGAGGGGGGAGGCGGGGGCGGCGGUGAGGUGUUGGUGCGGCUGGGCGGCGGCGAGAUGCGGCCGCUGUCGGAGCUGGAGGGGGAGCUGCGGGCGGGGGUGGCGCAUGUGGCAGCCCUCCGCUCCCAGCUAGCCGCCGCGGGUCGCGGGGCGGCAGACCUGCUGCUGCUGGGCCGCUGGCCUCCGCCGCUGCAGCUGCCCCCCGAGGCGCAGGCGUGGGGCGGUGGCUGCUGCGAGGAGGAGGAGGAGGGCGGCGGGCCCGCGGUGCCGCACGGCUUCCUGUGCCCCAUCACACACACCCUCAUGAGCCAGCCGGCGCUGCUGGUGAGUCCGCAGCUCAGCGAGGCCAGCCCCACCUACGAGCUGAGCGCCAUUCGGCAGUGGCUGCGGAACAGCAGGACCGACCCCACCACCGGCCGCCACCUGCUCACCUACCACUUCAUCCACAACGACAACCUGCGCAAGGCCAUCGAGGACUGGGUGCACGACCGCCUGGCGCGCGAGCGGCUCAAACAGCAGCAACAGCAGGCGCAACACCAACAAGGGCAGCAGCAGCACCACCACCAUUACCAACCGCGACAGUCGCCUCCGCACCCUCACCACAUGAGCGCACCCGACAACAACAACACCCC